ACCUAUCGAAUUUGUCACAUCUCUAAUCGAUAAACCCUCGCAUGUUGUAAAUAAAAUUUUGUUAAAAAAAAUGAAUUGCUGCAUUUGCCAAUUUUCUGUGCGAGUCCCAAAGAAUAUUCACACGGAAACGGUGGGCCAGCCGCCGGUGCCCAUCAGCGAGCUGGUCCUGCAAUGCACCAAGGGCACAGGCUACGUGCUCACCGAGGAGGCCUCGACCAUUUGCAAGAAAUGCUGUGAGAAGCUGGCCAGGUAUCAUAAGUCCAUUCAGAUCGCCCGCAAGCUGCGACAGGAGAUCCUGGAGCUCAUUCACAGUCCGUUCAUAUCGAAGCAGUCGCCACUGAAGGAUGAAGCAAAAGGGGAACGAAUUCCUAAGUUCGACGGGAAUAUUCAAGCAGCCGAAGCCGAAGUUGAGGAGGUGGAAGAGGAGGAUGAGGUCACAGUGGUGGAUCCAGGAAACCUUGAUCAGGGGGAAGAGGAGGAGCACGCCUUUAUUAUCAAGGAAUCGGAGAGCGCCGGAGAAGAAAUGGAACUCCACUCGGUGGAUCUAGAAUUAGAUAUAGAUAACGAGAUCAUUAUAAACGAGGAAAUGGAAGAGCAGGAAGCUGAGCUGGAGGAGACUCAGGAGAAGGACAUUGAACAGGAAGACUUUUUCAAGGAGGACACCAUGAGUGACUUUGACGAUCAGAUAGACGAAAAUAUAGAAUACAUUAUAUCUGAAGGUGACGGAGAUAUCGAUGACCAGGAUGCAGAUAGCUCAGGCGAGUAUUCCGUGAACAUCCAGUGCCCCAGCUGCCCAGAGAAGUUCACCAGCCGGCGUGGAUAUAAUGCACACACGAAACGCGAACACUUUCCUGGUUAUGUCUGUGAUCAGUGCGGAAAGACACUUCAAUCCUAUUCUGGAUUUGUUGGACAUCUGCAGAACCACGAGCCUGUCAAACAGUUCGCCUGCCCUGUGUGCCCGGAACGCUUUAGUCGCAAGUUCCGUCUGAAACAUCACAUGGCUUGGCACACCGGCGAGACGCCGUAUCAGUGCGAUGUAUGUUCUAAAAGAUUCGUCCACAAGGUGGCCCUCUACAAGCACAAGAUGAUUCACGACAACGAGACCAAGCGGUUGGAGUGCCAGGUGUGCGGCUUCAAAACCCGAACCAAGGCGCAUCUCGAGCGUCAUACGCGUUCCCAUACAGGAGAUAAGCCCUUUGCCUGCCCCGUGUGCAAUAAGCGCUUUUCCCAGAUGUACAAUAUGAAGGCCCAUUUGAGGGAGCACGAGAGUCCUGGCACGAAUCGCCAUCGACGCUUCCACUGUUCAAAAUGCACACACACCUUUAUCAACGAGCAGAACUACGUAAGCCACGUACAGCGGGACGACUGCACGGCGACCUAACCGUCGAAUAAUAAUAGUGUUUAGAUUAAUCAUUUUCCGGAGCUUUAAAUCACCUUCGACACUUGACAGCAUCAUCAGCACGAUAUCAUGCUCACCAUCUAUCGCAAUGAAAGAGUACAUUACAUUAUACGUUCUAUCCAUGUACUUUUUUAUUAAAUCUAUAUGCAUUUUGCUCACAAAUAAAAUAUGUUUGAUAUAA